AUGAAGAAGAAGCAGUGGCUGGGCCUGAAGGAGGAUAGUGGCAGUGACAGGAGCUGCUCUGCAACUUGCAAAAUCGGAUACUACAAGGCACUCUCGACAGAUGUUGCUUGUGCCAAGUGCCCGCCUCACAGCUACUCCAUCUGGGAAGGCUCUACCUCCUGCACCUGCGAUCGGGGCUUUUUCCGAGCUGAAAACGAUGCUGCCUCCAUGCCCUGCACCCGCCCUCCCUCUGCUCCCCAGAACCUGAUUUCCAACGUCAACGAGACCUCGGUGAACCUGGAGUGGAGCCCCCCGCAGAACAGGGGUGGCCGGGACGACGUCUCCUACAACGUGGUGUGCAAGAGGUGCGGGGCAGGGGACCCGGGGCGCUGCCGGUCCUGCGGCAGCGGGGUGCACUUCAGCCCCCAGCAGAACGGCCUCAGGGCCACCAAGGUGUCCAUCACGGACCUGCUGGCGCACACCAACUACACCUUCGAAGUGUGGGCGGUGAACGGAGUGUCCAAGCAGAACCCCAGCCAGGAGCAAGCCGUCUCCGUCACCGUGACCACCAACCAAGCAGCUCCAUCCCCAAUUGCUUUGAUCCAGGCUAAAGAGAUAACAAGACACAGCGUUGCCUUGGCCUGGCUGGAGCCGGACAGGCCAAACGGAGUUAUCCUGGAAUACGAAGUCAAAUACUAUGAAAAGGACCAAAACGAGCGCAGCUAUCGCAUCGUGAAGACGGCCUCCAGGAACACGGACAUCAAAGGCCUCAACCCCCUGACCUCGUAUGUGUUUCACGUGCGGGCCAGGACGGCAGCAGGAUACGGAGACUUCAGCGGGCCGUUCGAGUUCACCACCAACACAGUGCCUUCCCCCAUCAUUGGCGAUGGUACCAAUCCCACAGUGCUUCUAGUUUCAGUGGCUGGCAGUGUUGUUCUUGUGGUCAUUCUCAUUGCAGCCUUUGUCAUCAGCAGGAGACGCAGUAAGUACAGUAAGGCUAAGCAGGAGGCCGACGAGGAGAAACACUUGAACCAAGGUGUUAGAACAUAUGUGGAUCCUUUUACAUAUGAGGAUCCAAACCAAGCUGUGAGGGAAUUUGCCAAGGAAAUCGAUGCCUCCUGCAUAAAGAUUGAAAAAGUUAUUGGUGUGGGGGAAUUUGGUGAAGUUUGUAGUGGACGUCUCAAAGUACCAGGAAAAAGAGAGAUCUGCGUUGCUAUCAAGACUCUAAAAGCUGGUUACACCGAUAAACAAAGAAGAGACUUUCUGAGUGAGGCCAGCAUCAUGGGACAGUUUGACCACCCCAAUAUCAUCCACUUGGAAGGUGUAGUCACUAAAUGUAAACCGGUAAUGAUCAUAACCGAGUACAUGGAGAAUGGCUCCUUGGAUGCCUUCCUCAGGAAGAAUGAUGGCAGAUUUACAGUAAUCCAGCUGGUGGGGAUGCUUCGUGGCAUUGGCUCGGGGAUGAAGUACCUGUCUGACAUGAGCUACGUGCACCGGGACCUCGCGGCGCGAAACAUCCUGGUCAACAGCAACCUGGUCUGCAAGGUGUCCGACUUCGGCAUGUCCCGCGUCCUGGAAGACGAUCCCGAAGCAGCUUACACCACGCGGGGCGGCAAGAUCCCCAUCCGGUGGACGGCUCCGGAGGCCAUCGCCUACCGCAAGUUCACGUCGGCCAGCGACGUGUGGAGCUACGGCAUCGUCAUGUGGGAAGUGAUGUCCUACGGGGAGAGGCCCUACUGGGACAUGUCCAACCAAGACGUGAUCAAGGCCAUCGAGGAAGGGUAUCGCCUGCCGCCCCCGAUGGACUGCCCCAUUGCUCUCCACCAGCUGAUGCUGGAUUGCUGGCAGAAGGAGCGCAGCGACAGGCCGAAAUUUGGGCAGAUCGUCAACAUGCUGGACAAGCUCAUCCGCAACCCCAACAGCCUGAAGAGGACGGGCAGCGAGAGCUCCAGGCCCAGCACAGCCCUGCUGGAUCCCAGCUCCCCCGAGUUCUCGGCGGUGGUUUCUGUCGGAGAUUGGCUCCAAGCCAUUAAGAUGGAGCGGUACAAGGAUAACUUCACAGCUGCUGGCUAUACCACCCUCGAGGCCGUGGUGCACAUGAACCAGGAGGACCUGGCCAGGAUCGGCGUCACCGCCGGCGCCCACCAGAACAAGCUGCUCGGCAGCGUCCAGGCCAUGCGCACGCAGAUGCAACAGAUGCACGGCAGGAUGGUCCCCGUCUGAGCCAGUACUGACUCAACUCAGAACUCUUGAAAUUAGUUUACCUCAUCCAUGCACUUUAAUUGAAGAACUGCACUUUUUUUACUUCGUCGUCUCCUCGCCCGUCGAAAUAAAGAUCUGCAGCAUUGCUUGGUGUACAGAGUGCGGAACGUGAGCGUGUGUGUCGGGAGGGGCCUCCAGAAAUGACAAACUGUCAUUUUAAACCAGACCUGGAACAAAUUGUUUCUUGGAACAUACUCCUCUGUUGAUCAACGAUAUGUAAAAUACAUGUAUCUAUAUAAAUAUAAAGUCACAUUUGAGUUUUGAUGCUAUGUUUGCUGCCAGAUACUGUGCUUAA